CAUGCAGGAGUAGGCGCUGGGCUGAUUCUCUCCCCGCCGUGUGCAGGAUGAGGCUGCGGAGCAGGGCCACCCCUGGCCGCAGGAGGAUGCUCUGCCUCUGGCUGCUGCUGCUCACGCUCGCCCUGCUGAUGCUGGCGCUCUCCGACCUGCUCCAACGGGACCGCAGCAUCCAGAAACCCGCGCCCCCCCGCGCCCCUCUCCGGCGCUUUUCAGCUCCAUCGCAGCUGGAGGUCUUUCUGGACUCCCGCGACCCCGCUUUAGAGCUCGGCGUCGACUUUGCCCCUCUCAAAUCUUUGCAGGAGGACCAGCUGCUGCUGGUUCCCUCUGCUCAGGGCACCAAGAGCGCGCCGCAGAGGAGACGGAGUUACAAGGUGCUUCUGCCCGCAGCGGCCAAGGGAACCGCGGCCGCCAGGACGCAGACGCGCGGGGAGCCGGGGACCGCAUCUGGAGCGCACAUGCACGGCCUGCACAGCGACAUGGAGCGGGCGGCGUUGCACAAGUACGGCUUCAACGAAGUGGUCAGCGAGAGGAUUUCCCUGCAUCGCACCCUGCCGGAUACGCGCCACCCGGAGUGUCUCGGGGAGGAUUACAGCGAGUCCUUGCCGUCCGCCAGUGUUGUGAUCUGUUUCCACGAUGAAGCUUGGUCCACGCUGCUGCGCACUGUGCACAGCGUGCUCAGCACUGCACCCAAACACCUGCAGGAGGUCCUGCUGGUGGACGACCAAAGCCGGCACGGUCACCUGAAGUCUGCCCUGAGCGAGUACGUGUCUCAGAUGGCUGGGGUGCGUUUGAUUCGCAGCACCAGGCGCCUGGGAGUCGGAGGGUGCCGCACACUCGGAGCUGCCAAGGCAAUAGGGGAGGUGCUGGUGUUCAUGGAUUCCCACUGUGAAUGCCAAAAGGGCUGGCUGGAACCACUGCUGGAGAGAGUUGCUCAGGACAGGACCAGAGUGGUGUCCCCCAUCAUGGAUGUGAUACACUGGCAGACCUUUCAGUAUAAUGCCACCCAGUGGCCAGUUAGGGGAGUGUUCGACUGGAGACUCGACUUCUUUUGGGAAUCAACCCCCCAACUGCAACACGAGGACCCACAGAUGGCUGUGCUACCCGUGCGGAGCCCAGCUUUAGGAGGCGGCGUCGUCGCCAUCGACAGACAUUUCUUCCAAAGUGUGGGAGCCUACGACCCAGGGAUGUUGCUGUGGGGGGCCGAACAAAUUGAGAUGUCAAUCAGGGUGUGGUCUUGUGGGGGGUCCAUGGAGGUGGUCCCGUGCUCACGAGUGGCCCACCUCAGUCACCACCAUCUGCCGUACACCUUCCCAGACCAGGACCUGCUGGAGAGGAACAAGAUCCGCGUCGCUGACACCUGGAUGGAUGCUUACAGGAAGAUCUACUACAGGAGGGACACACUCGCUCACUUCAUCAAGCAGUCUGAGAGCCCGAACAUCACGGAGCGGCUGCGGCUGAAGAAGAGUCUGGGCUGCAGGAACUUCCACUGGUUCCUGUCUGCAGUCUACCCACAACUUUACGUCCCCCAGGACAGACCUUCACUGUCAGGAGAGCUUUACAGUGUGGGCACCGGCAGAUGUGCAGACUACCCCAGUGGGCCGGGACUCCAAGGCGGGCCCAUGAAUAUAGCACCUUGUAGUGGGACAGGCAGCCAGCACUGUGAUCUAAACUCUGAGGGUGAAGUGCGUUGGGGCUCCGCGGGGGCUCUGUGUUUGGAUGUUGAAGAAGACAGGGUGGUCCUCUCCCGGUGCCCCACACACCGGCCCACCAGCAGCAGACUCCAGUGGAACUUCAUAAAGCUGAGCGGCCAGCUGGUUCACCAGCAGUCCCAGUUAUGUGUGGAGGCCGUGAAAGAAGGAGGGCUCCUGCAAAGUGGUUCAGGGAGCAAAAACAGCAACCCCAGCGCAGGAGGGCUGUUCCUGCGCCAGUGUACACAUCUCCCACGACAGCAGUGGCACUUCGAGCAGCUCGUUGCUCCUAAAGGUGCCUGAUCCCUGAAGCCCCGCUCACAACCUUCUCAUAUACUGUACACUGUAUAAUAUGUGUGUGUGUGUGUGUGUGUGUGUGUGUGUGUGUGUGUGUGUGUGUGUGU